AUGGCGCUACGCGUUGGGCAAAUCGUGCGGGUGCGAAAGGGACCUAUGAGCUGUUCCGCGCUCUCAAAGGCUUGACGGUGUUCAAGGCGAAAGUUUUGUCCAGCCCGUCCAAUCAAGCAGAAUGGCAAGAGGCCAUAAUCAAGACUGCGACGACUAAAGAUGAGAGUAUGUGCUUGCGUAGAGAAUACAACAACUACCAAGUCCAGGAGAUUGCAGCAUGCCCGCACAUUCGCACUUUGUGUGAUACAGUACGAUCAGAUAAAAGCCCAGAAGACCUAUCUUGCCUGGUUUUUGAGUGGAUGGACUAUGAUCUACGCUCAAUCAUUGCACCUGAGCUACGUAGCCGUCCUGUUCUGCCCAAGGCCAUGUCUAGUGCUGUUCUAUCCGCACUUGCUGUGUUGAAGUCGGUACAUGGUGUACACACUGAUGUCAAUCCAAACAACAUAUAUCUCUCUGACGUUGACGGAAAGUUUCCGAUCGCGAAACUUGGUGAUCUCGGUAACCUAAUGGAGGAUGGUUCCAUAAAACAGCGCUGCCAGAGUUUACCUUGCAGAGCACCAGAAGUAUGGCAGGGCCAAUCAUGCCGUCAUGCCUCGGAUAUAUGGUCUCUCGGUUCCACAUUGACUACUGUUUUAUCAGCAAUUCCUCUCUUUGGCGCUAGUGAUAAGAUAAUAAAAGGGGAAACCGAAGCAUGGUGCAUUGCAAAGAUUAUCCGUCUCGUCGGGCCUGUACAUCAUCCUAACAAAGACCAUCUAUACAAGGAGGAAUUCGAGCGUGCUGAAGAAAUGGCAGUCAUGGAUCAUCCACGUGGCCCUGAGAUGAAGCUCAUCACCAGAGUGAACUGGCGCGAGGAGUUGGUAAACAUCCCGGAUCCGCCCGUCCCAUCUGAUCUGCUGGAUUUCAUUGAGACGAUGCUUGCCAUUGAUCCUGAGAGGCGUCCUACGGCUUCAGACUUGCUGAUGCACCCCUACAUACGAUCGAGUGGAUAAUGAGGCAUUUGUUUCGCAAUGCGUGCAGCUUAAUCCACGUCCAACAGUGUGCACGAGCUCGACAUGUAGCCUAGGAAUGCGAUCAGCUCUUAAAUACAGCAUUUCACAGUCUUACUAACAGUCCUGCAUUGGAAAGUAAGGCUAGUGGCAUUAUCUAUGCUAUGGCUACAUGCUCGUGAUAAAAGAACAGUUUCUUCAGGAUAAGAUCUCACACAAUGAAAAACAGGUUGCGAAGUACUAAGAUAACGGAAUAGGUUAGAAACCAGGCUUAUGCUGUGAAGAAGCAACGAAUACGAGGUAAGAGUGCAAGGAAGAGUUAUAUGGGGCAUGUACUGGUGAUCCCUGAAUGGCGUCAAGGCUUAAGCAGUACAGCCCACGGUCAGCGAGCAGCCUGACGGGUGGUCUGUCAACCGGCUUAUAGUUUUUAAUAGUACUAAUCUUAGUAGAGUUUAAGUAAAAUAGUUAGCUCGCUAACGUAGCU